UUUUUUGGGACUUGUGGUGUGCAAGAACCUAUAUAUGAGCCCAUUAUACGAGGGAAAGCGUGUUCGAGAGCUCUACGAGGGUUUCACUUCAACAUUGCAAUACAAAGCAUACCACAAACCUCCCGGGAAACGCCUGAUAGGGGAGGUACAGACAUUGCAAGAAGAGAUUUCGGCAUGUUUGAAAGUCCUUCAAGGACAGGAAGAGUUCGCUGCAGACUUCAAAGCCGUCCUAUCUCCCCGAAGUUUUCGUAUAUCGACCUCGUUCCAAAGCCUACAGUACCGCGAAUUCAUAAAGCCGGCUGCGAACGCUUUAUUGAAAGAUAUCAGAGACGAACGAAAGAAGUUGAUGCACCUUAUGGGAAGGCUAAACAUGAUCGAGCAAAAGGCCCGCUACCGCAUCGAGCUCCUCGAAGAAGACAACAGCAAAGCAAUCUUCAUCUUCACGCUCGUCACCGUCAUAUUUCUGCCUCUCUCCUUCGUCACCAGCUAUAUGGGCAUGAAUACGGCAGACAUCCGAGACACGAACAAAACCCAGGGUACUUUUUGGGCCGCGGCACUCCCGACCACUGUUGUCGUCCUUUCCGUUACAAUGCUACUGGCGUAUAACGCUAGUGCUAUCCGGGAAUGGCUUUUUGACGCCCGGCUUGAGUGGUCGGAACACAGGCAACGACCACGUCGGGGCCAUGCUGGAAGAGUUUCGUUUGGGUCGCUUCAUUUUGCUAGCUGGCGUGGUGGCCGCAAGAGAGAUGAUGGCGAUCCGGGUGCUGGGCCUGUCUAAUAGACGACCGGAAAAGCAUUUUCGUAGUUUGCUCUUAUUUGUUUUGUUAUAUUUUCCUCUCUUUUCUCUAUGCAGCACAGGCCGCGGCUUCCAUUUUGUAGCCU